AUGGCGAAAUCGGACCUCUUCAGAACUUUAGACAAUUUGGGAGCCGAAGACUUUAAACACUUCAAGUGGCUAUUGCAGCAGCGGGGGGUCCUAGAAGACUUCCCAGCAAUCCCAAAGAGUCGACUGGAGAAUGCAGACCGGAUGGAGACAGUGGAUCAGAUGUUCCUGACCUACAGUAUAAACACUUUUAAAGUGACCAGGAUAGUUUUAGUCGAGAUGAAUCAGAAUGAUCUAGUGGACAAUUUAUCAAAGACCACCACAGAACCUGCAGAGAUUAUUGCUGCAUGCCAGCAAAAAGUCAAAUCCAACUCACAAACAAAGUUCCGGUCUAUUUUUGAGGGAAUUGCAAAAGCAGGAAACAAAAGCUCUCUGAAUCAGAUCUACACAGAUAUCUACAUCACAAAGGGAGGGACCGCAGAGGUCCAUGAUGAACAUGAGAUCAUACAGAUUGAAACAGCAUCCAGGAAACCAGACAAACCAGAAACAACAAUCAGACAUGAAGACAUCUUUAAAACCCCACCUGGAAGUGAGGAACCAAUCAGAACAGUGCUGACAAUGGGAGUGGCUGGCAUCGGGAAAACAGUCUUAACACAGAAGUUCACUCUGGACUGGGCUGAAGACAAAUCCAACCAGGACAUCCAGUUCACAUUUCCAUUCACAUUCAGAGAGCUGAAUGUGCUGAAAGGGGAAACAUACAGCUUGGUGGAACUUGUUCAUUUGUUCUUUAGUGAAACAAAAGAAGCAGGAAUCUGCAGCUUUGAAGAGUUCCAGGUUGUGUUCAUCUUUGACGGUCUGGAUGAGUGUCGACUUCCUCUGGACUUCAACAACACAAAAAUCCUGACAGAUGUUACAUAUUCGUCUUCAGUGGGUGUGCUCCUGACAAACCUUAUCAGGGGGAAUCUGCUUCCUUCUGCUCAUCUCUGGAUAACCACACGGCCUGCAGCAGCCAAUCAGAUCCCUCCUGAGUAUGUUGACAUGGUGACAGAGGUCAGAGGGUUCACUGACCCACAGAAAGAGGAGUACUUCAGGAAGAGAUUCACAGAUGAGGAGCAGGCCAGCAGAAUCAUCUCCCACAUCAAGACAUCCCGAAGCCUCCACAUCAUGUGCCACAUCCCAGUCUUCUGCUGGAUCACUGCUACAGUUCUGGAGAAGGUGUUGAAGAUCAGAGACGGAAGAGAGCUGCCCAAGACCCUGACUGAGAUGUACAUCCGCUUCCUAGUGGUUCAGACCAAACGGAAGAGUGUCAAAUAUGAUGGAGGGGCUGAGACAGAUUCACCCUGGAGUCCAGAAAGCAGGACAAUGAUCAAGUCUUUGGGGAAACUGGCUUUUGAGCAGCUGCAGAAAGGCAACCUGAUCUUCUAUGAAUCAGACCUGACAGAGUGUGGCAUCGAUAUCACAGCAGCCUCAAAGUACUCAGGAGUGUUCACACAGAUCUUUAAAGAGGAAAGUGGACUCUACCAGGACAAGGUGUUCAGUUUCGUCCAUCUGAGUGUUCAAGAGUUUCUGGCUGCUUUUCAUGUCCAUCUGACCUUCAACAACUCUGGAGUCAAUCUGUUGUCAGAAGCAAAAUGGUGGUUGAAACCAUUUAAAAAAAGAUCUACACUGACAUAUCUCUACCAGAGUGUUGUGGACAAGGCCUUGAGGAGUCCAAAUGGACACUUGGACUUGUUCCUCCGCUUCCUCCUGGGUCUUUCACUGCAGACCAAUCAGACUCGCUUACGAGGACUGCUGACACAGAGAGAAAGUAGCUCAGAGACCAAUCAAGACACAGUUGAGUACAUCAAGAAGAAAAUCAGGAAGAAUUCCUCUUCAGAAAGAAGCAUCAAUCUGUUCCACUGUCUGAAUGAACUGAAUGAUCACUCUCUAGUAGAGGAGAUCCAACAGUACCUGAGUUCAGGAAGUCUCUCCAGAGGUAAAUUGUCUCCUGCUCAGUGGUCAGCUCUGGUCUUCAUCUUACUGUCAUCAGAGAAAGAUCUGGACGUGUUUGACCUUAAGAAAUACGGUGCUUCAGAAGAGGCUCUUCUGAGGCUGCUGCCAGUGGUCAAAGCCUCUAACAAAGCUCUACUGUGUGACUGUAAUCUGUCAAAGAGAAGCUGUGAAGCUCUGUCCUCAGUUCUCAGCUCUGAGUCCUCUAGUCUGAGACAGCUGGACCUGAGUAACAAUGUCCUGCAGGAUUUAGAAGUAAAGCUGCUUUCUGCUGGACUUCAGAGUCCACACUGUACACUAGAGACUGUCAGGCUGUGUGGCUGUAACCUGUCAGAGAAAAGCUGUGAAGCCUUUUCCUCAGUUCUCAGCUCUGGUUCUAGUCUGAGAGAGCUUGACCUGAGUUACAACAACCUGCAGGAUUUAGGGGUGAAUAUGCUUUCUGCUGGACUUCAGAGUCAACACUGUAAACUGGGAACCCUCAGGCUGAGUGGCUGUAAGCUCUCAGAGAGAAGCUGUGAAGCUCUCUCCUCAGUUCUCAGCUCUGAGUCUAGUUUGAGAGAGCUGGACCUGAGUAACAACAACCUGCAGGAUUCAGGAGGGAAGCUGCUUUCUGAUGGACUUCAGAGUCCACAAUGUAAACUGGAAACUCUCAGUUUGUCAGGCUGUCUGAUCACAGAGGAAAGCUGUUCCUCUCUGGCUUCGGCUCUGAGCUACAACCCCUCCCAUAUGAAAGAGCUGGACCUGAGUAACAAUGACCUGCAGGAUUCAGGAGUGAAGCUGCUUUCUGCUGGACUUCAGAGACCACAAUGUACACUGGAGACUCUCAGUUUGUCAGGCUGUCUAAUCACAGAGGAAGGCUGUACUUCUCUGGCUUCUGCUCUGAGCUCUAACCCCUCCCAUCUGAGAAAGCUGGACCUGAGCUUCAAUCAUCCAGGAGAGUCAGGAGGAAAGUUUCUGUCUGCUGGACUGAAAACUCUCAGUUUGGACCAUGGUGGAGAGCAGAGGUUAAGACCUGGUCUGAUGAAGUAUUCUUGUGAACUCACAGUUGACACAAACACUUUGAACACAGCCCUUAAACUGACUGACAAUAACAGGAAGGUGACACAUAUGGAGGAGAAGCAGCCAUAUCUUUAUCAUCCAGAAAGGUUUGACUGUAAGCAGCUGCUGUGUAGAGAUGGUCUGACUGGUCGCUGUUACUGGGAGGUUGAGGUGAGCGGAGAAGUUGAUGUAGCAGUGAGUUACAGAAGAAUCAGCAGGAGAGGAGACAGUGAUGAUUAUUUGUUUGGAUAUAAUGAUCAGUCCUGGAGUCUGGACUGCUGGUCUGAUGGUGUUUACUCUGUCUGGCACAAUAAAAGAAGAACAGACCUCCCUGUCUCCUCUGUCUCUGGUAGAGUAGCAGUGUAUGUGGACUGUCCUGCUGGCACUCUGUCCUUCUACACAGUCUUCUCUGACACACUGAUCCACCUCUACACCUUCAACACCACAUUCACUGAGUCACUUUAUCCUGGGUUUGGGUUUAGGUUGCCUGGUUCCACAGUGUCUCUGUGUUCGCUGUAG